GGCGGGCGGGUUCCGAGCCCCGUGGCCGGGAGGCGCCGUCGGCCAGCGCGGCGAGCGCAGCUCAGCGCCCGGCUGGUGCGCGGCGGGCUUGGGGUGCCGCGCGGUAGCGCACCCUCCUGCGCCCCAGCGGCCGCGGGCUUGCUGCAGCGCUUUCUUUCGAUGCAGAACGAACCCCAGGCACCCCAGCAGGCCGCACGCUUCUCUUUCGCGGUGGAUGAGGUCGCCUGCAGAUCCAGGCUGGGCCUUAUGGGCUGCCCAGGCGGAGCGGGACUUCCCGGUCAUCGUCAUCCUCCGCUCCCCCAGCUCAGCCUGGCCGGAGUUCGGCUUCCCCAGCCCCUGUCCGCCGCCCACCUGCUGAGGAGCAGCAGAGUGCUGUGUCACUCAGGAGUUGGGGACCCCUGACGCAACCCAACCGCCCUCGUGCGCUGUGCAGAAAGAUCAUUGUUGUCUGUCCUCCUACUCCAGUGAGAACUUCACUGCACCCGAAUCCUGACCAGUUGGAGUUGUUCAUUUUCUUCUUUUGGAACGCUUCUAGAGACUGAACUGUUACCUCGGAUCUGGUGUCGGGUGGUGGUGGAGGAGAUACUUGCAAGAAGAUGAACUAAGCCGCUAACUCAAUUACAAGAUUUUUUAAAAAGCCUCGUGGGGCAUAGCACCAUCGCUAAAUGCCUGGUACAUUUAAGAAGCCUGACUGCGGGAGAGGCCCUCUACAAACGCUGUUACCUGGAAUCCGAGAACUAACGCCAUUCUCCAUUUCAAGAUGCCUUUGCCGUUUUGACAGAUGCAAACUGACCCCUCUCGAGGCCACGACAGAAGGGGAAUCAUGACUGUUUGAAGCCUGGAAGACUGCCCUCAAUUAAGGAAAAUCCUCGAUCAUUGUCUGAAAUGCUGAGAAAGUUGUUGCGAAGGAGACUUUUCUCUUAUCCCACUAAGUACUGCUUCUUGCUUCUUGUGUUUUCCCUAGUCACCUUCUCUGUUUUAAGAAUUCAUCAAAAGCCCGAAUUUGUAAGUGUUGGGCAUUUGGAGCUGGUUGGGGAGAAUCCUAAUAGUAAUAUUAAUUGUACCAAAAUUUUACAGGGGGAUGUAGAUGAAAUCCAAAAGGUACAGCUUGAAAUUCUAACGGUGAAAUUUAGGCAGCGCCCUCGGUGGACAACCAGCGACUAUAUAAACAUGACCAGAGAUUGCAAUUCUUUCGUCAAGAGGCGCAAAUAUAUCGUAGAGCCCCUUAGUAAAGAAGAGGCGGAGUUUCCCAUUGCGUAUUCUAUAGUGGUUCAUCACAAAAUCGAAAUGCUUGACAGGCUCCUGAGGGCCAUCUAUAUGCCUCAGAAUCUCUACUGCAUUCACGUGGACAGAAAAUCAGAGGAUUCCUUUUUGGCCGCGGUGAUGGGCAUCGCCUCCUGCUUCAGUAACGUCUUCGUGGCCAGUCAGCUGGAGAGCGUGGUGUAUGCCUCUUGGAGUCGGGUUCAGGCCGACCUCAACUGCAUGCAAGACCUCUACAGGAUGAGUGCAGACUGGAGGUACUUGAUAAAUCUUUGCGGCAUGGAUUUCCCUAUUAAAACCAACCUGGAGAUUGUCCGGAAGCUCAAAUCGUUAAUGGGUGAAAACAACCUAGAGUCCGAGAGAAUGCCAUCCAAUAAAAAAGAAAGGUGGAAAAAGCAUUAUACAGUUGUUAAUGGAAAGCUGACCAACACGGGGACGGACAAAAUGCACCCUCCUCUUGAAACGCCCCUGUUCUCAGGCAGUGCCUAUUUUGUGGUCAGUAGGAAGUAUGUGGGCUAUGUGCUAGAGAAUGAAAAGAUCCAGAAGUUUAUGGAGUGGGCCAAAGACACUUACAGUCCAGAUGAGUAUCUCUGGGCCACUAUCCAGAGGAUCCCCGAAGUCCCAGGCUCACUGUCCCUAAGCCAGAAGUAUGACAUGUCUGACAUGCAGGCGAUUGCGAGGUUCGUCAAGUGGCAGUACUUUGAAGGUGAUGUCUCCAAGGGGGCCCCCUACCCGCCCUGCAGCGGGGUCCACGUGCGUUCUGUGUGUGUCUUCGGAGCAGGUGACUUGAACUGGAUGCUACGAAAGCACCACUUGUUUGCCAACAAGUUUGACACGGACAUUGACCUCUUUGCCAUCCAGUGUUUGGAUGAGCAUCUGCGGCAUAAAGCCCUGGAGACACUGAAACGCUGACUCUUCAUCGUAGGCAACUUGAGAAAUAAAACCCAUGUGUGAGACGAGACGCACCCCAUCCGAUUCUUCUGCCUUGUUCAUACACAUCCGAGCAACUCUAGGGGGCGCCCUUGGGGGUGGGGACUCCCAACUGUGCGUAUCCUCCAAGCUCUGUGGUUUCUCUGGAGCACAGUGGGCUAGAAAGGUUAUAGCAUCACAUGUCGACCUAGAGUUAGCAUGGGGCCAGGACGGGUGCUGAGUGGCCCGGGUGGCUGGGGAAGAGACCGUGCGAAAACCAGCCUGUUAAAAGAGCUCAGGGACUUAACAAAAGGAUUUCGUCUGUGCCAAAAUUACUUUGAGAGCUUUAAAUACGACAGUUUUCUUGAUCUGAAUAAAUUUGUAGCAACAA